GUUAGAAAUAAAUUUUGGCGAUUACAAUUAAAUUCUUGGUUAAUUACUCAAAAUGAGCUUGUCGAAUACAGCGGUAGAUUACGAUUUCGAUGACAUUAAAACCCUGGUGGUCACUGCAUUGCGACAGCCAAGUCUCCCCUUGAAAAAUAAACUUUACAGAAUUGCUAAGAUGAAGAAGAAAACCGUGGACCCGAAACUAGCAGCCCUUGCUCAGAGGUACCUGGAAGACAUUAGAAGAAAUGCUGAGAGGAGGGUCGAUGGUAGCACCUGGAGGUUUUUCAAUCCUUAAAUCUUCUGUCACUACACAGAAUGUUCGUAAAUAAAAAUUUCUUUGAUUGUGCAAAUGUCU